AUGUCAGAAGACGAUAGCGACAUCAAAGUGAAGCCAGCUUUGGUGAGUGAAAACAACAAGACAGCAAGAAAGAAGAAAGCUGGACUCAAAUGGGACGAAGCCAAGAUUCAGGAGCACGAUUUGCUACGAGGAACCAGAAUGAAGAUUGACGAACCGGACACUCCGUAUCACAAUUACGAUUCGGGCAGCGAGACGGACGGCUCUCACAACGCCAACAAGGAGACUCAAAUCAGCUGGGAUCAUUUGCAAAAUAAAUUGGAUGCUGCAGCUGCCGCAAGAGACGCUUAUCCAAGUUCUCCUUCCAGUCAUGGUGCUGCCAGCAAUAGUGCCAAUGAGGAAGAAGACGAAGAACGUAGGAAAAAAGACAUCAAGGCAUUAGAGUUUAAAGAACAUCGAAAGCGUCACUAUAAUGAAAUGGAAUUAGUCCGAAAAUUCCGUCAAGCGCAUGGUGGUGAUACGGCAGGCGAUGAGGAAGAUGAAGAGAAUGAUGCGGAUGAUGAGAAUUAG